UCGACCAGCUGUCCAUACCUUCGAGUUAAAUAUCAGACCAUCGCAGCGUCUCCAUGUCUCGGCUGGUCAUCAUUUGCGGAGAAAUCUUGGAUUAAACUCGAUCCAUUCAUUCAUUCGCUUUUCUUUCUCUUAAAUUUAUCCAUCUAUCUCUACUGACACAGCAACAUUUCGCAAUCAUGUCUGCUCGGAUUCCAGCUCUUGUCUCAAAACACAUUAGCGAGGCGGCGAAGCAAAAAAUUGACAUCGUUGCCAAAUUUGUCGAGGAAGAAUGCAUCCCCGCCGACCCCGUUCUGGAGGCCCAGGUGGGCGAAGGCGAUAACCGCUGGGAGAACCACCCUUCCAUCAUCGAAGAGCUCAAGGACAAGGCGCGCAAGCUGGGCUUGUGGAACAUGUUCUUGCCCAAGGGCUUCUACGCCGAGUCCCCCGGUUGGACGAACCUCGAGUACGCCAUCAUGGCAGAGUGGUUGGGCCGCUCGCGCAGCGCUUCCGAGGCUUGCAACUGCGCUGCUCCCGAUACCGGUAACAUGGAGGUCGUGGCCAAGUACGGCAACGCUCAGCAGAAGGAGGAGUGGCUCAAGCCCUUGAUGGAGGGAAAGAUCCGCUCGGCCUUUUUGAUGACUGAGCCCGACGUCGCGUCUUCCGAUGCCACCAACAUCCAGCUCCAAAUCACCAAAGACGGCGACCAUUACGUUCUGAAUGGCUCCAAGUGGUGGUCCAGCGGUGCGGGCGACCCUCGAUGCAAGCUCUACGUCGUCAUGGGCAAGUCUGAUCCCAACAACGCCGACCCUUACAAGCAGCAGUCCGUCAUCUUGGUCCCUGCCGGCCUUCCUGGAAUCACCAUCAAGAGAAUGCUCAAGGUCUACGGCUACGACGAUGCCCCCCACGGCCACGGCCACAUCACCUUCAAGAACGUGCGCGUGCCGGCAAAGAACCUGGUCCUCGGCGAGGGCAGAGGAUUCGAGAUUAUCCAGGGCCGACUGGGCCCUGGCCGUAUUCACCACGCUAUGCGAAGCAUUGGCGCUGCCGAGCAAGCCCUCGACUGGAUGCUUGUGCGCGUCAACGACGAGAAGAAGAAGCCCUUUGGCAAGCUCCUCCGCGAACACGGCGUCAUCCUCGAGUGGAUUGCCAAGUCACGUAUCGAGAUCGAUGCGGCCCGACUCAUCGUCCUCAACGCCGCCAUCAAGAUUGACGAGGUCGGCGCCAAGAAGGCACUCAAGGAGAUUGCCGAAGCCAAGGUGCUCAUCCCCCAGACUGCUCUGACUGUCAUCGACCGCGCCGUCCAGGCAUACGGCGGCGCUGGUGUCUCUCAAGAGACCCCCCUGGCCAAUAUGUGGGCUGGUAUCCGAACGCUGCGCAUGGCUGAUGGCCCUGAUGAGGUGCACUUGCAGCAAAUGGGCCGCAACGAGAACAAGCGCGGCAAGGAGACGGCCGAGAAGCACCAGAGGCAGAAGGCCAAGACGCAGGAGCUGCUGAAGCGAUAUGGCGUCGAGGUUGCUGAGCCCGGCACCAGAAUCAAGCACGACGCCAAGUUGUAACGAGGCAUGAGUGGUCUGCUUUGCGUUUCUGUCUCUCUUGUUCUUCUUGACAUCUUAUGAAGUUUUUUGUAAAUACUGGGAAUUGGAUUGAUGAUGAUAAUUAUGCAUUACAACUGGCGUAUAUAGUAAAGAAAAAAGCUAGCCCAGAACUGGAUACAAUGACAUGAACUGUCACCCUAACUCUAUUUUUGUCGGCGUAGUUUAUCUUUGUGACAGGCUAUAAACAAUCAGUGGCUGAGUUAGAGUCUGUUUGCUAUAUCAUGGGCAAUUGGUAUAGUUUCCAUCGCCGUAGUAGAG